AUGAAGACAUUACUAUAUGCUAGUGAAGGUGUUACUACCGUUGAAGAGUUUCGUGUUAGUCGUGGAGAUGAAGAGUUGUUGGAGGAAGCAUGGUUUGAGGAGUUUCCUCUUUCCCUGGUUGUGCAGGCACUCAUGCAAAUAGUUGCAAGAAUAUCAGAGGAUAUUGUAGUUAAAAAGAGGAUGAUACAACAAAUGAUAUGUGUGAACUACAUGGGUGAGGAAAAGCAAUUUUCUGGAGAAGAGAUUUCAUCGAUGGUUUUGAUGAAGAUGAAGGAAAUUGUUGAGGCUUAUCUAGGGUCAACAAUUAAAAUUGUUGUUGUCACUGUGCCUUCUUAUUUCAAUGAUUCCCAGAGAAAGGCUACCAAGGAUGUAGGUGUCAUCUCUUGUAUGAAUGUUAUGAGAAUCAUUAAUGAGCCCAUUGUUGCUGCCAUCGCCUAUGGCUUAGAUAAAAAAGAUGCAAGUGUGGGUGAGAAAAAUGAAUUCAAGAGAAGGUAUAAGAAGGAUAUCUCUGGCAAUGCAAGGGCUUUGAGAAGAUUGAGAACUUCGUGUGAGAGGGCAAAGAGAACCCUUUCAUCCACUGCCCAGACAACCAUUGAGAUUGAUUCUUUAUAUGAAGGUAUUGACUUCUAUUCAACCAUAACCUAUGCUAGGUUUGAGGAACCUAUGGAGAAAUGUUUGAGGGAUGCCAAGAUGGACAAGAGCACAAUUCAUGAUGUUGUCCUCGCCAGGAGCUCAACUAGAAUUCCCCAAGUUCUGCAGGUGUUGAAGGACUUCUUUAACGGGAAGGAGUUGUGCAAAAGUAUCAAUCCUGAUGAGGCCAUUGCAUAUGGAGCUGUAGUGCAAGCUGCAAUUCUGAGUGGAGAAGGCAAUGAAAAGGUGCAAGAUUUGUUGUUGCUUGAUGUCACUCCUCUUUCUCUUGGUUUGGAAACUGUUGGAGGUGUUAUGACUGUCCUCACUCCAAGGAACACCACAAUUGCCACAAAGAAUGAACAAGUCUUCCAUACAUACUCAGACAAUUGGCCUAGUGUGCUUAUCCAAGUAUACGAGGAAUCUAGUAAUUAUGAAUCGGUAGAUGUUCUGUUACGGGGGAGCUCAGGAGCGGGAGACUAUACUAAAAGUGUGUAUUUUGCACCUAUUGGAAGUUUUGUUCAGUCUGACGAAAUGGGCGGUGCAAAGCAGCUCUGCGGGUUCGUAUCAGAGGAUGACAACGGUGGAAAGAUUGAGUCAGUGGAGAUGUAA